GUGAGCUUCUUAGUUGCAAAUUCUUUACCUUCGCCACCAAAUUCUGCGAGGGCAGCACGAAUUGCUGCCAGUUCAGCUCUCGUAAUAGUGUUUGUACACCCAGCGCCAUUUGGAUUCACGUAGACAACGCGAGAAUCGCUAAACCAGGCGCAGGCGCCGGCAACCUGGACUUCUUUGCCAUUGUCAGUUUUGAUUUUGCUUACCGAACCAUCUGUCCAGACAGUGCCAUUCACGUCGUGGGCCAGAGCAUGGCGGGGGGCAAAGCACUGGAGUCCGGCGGGGUUCCCAACAAUGACCAGUCGGAGCCCCUUCUGGCGUUCAGCCUGGGUGUUGGUGCCAAGUCCUGUGUCAAGGCCCGCGGUGCCCGCGGACCAGUUGGCCAGCUCGUGGCAGAGUGGGUGUUGAAGCCACUGCGUGUGGGGGAAAGUGGACGCUUUGGGGAGCGCCAAUACAGUAAGGGUUGGUUCCUGUGAGUCACGCAUAGCCUCGGCGCAUGCGAGGGCCCACAUGAGCGCCUUCCGUGCAUCGUGGGGGGUAGAGGGGGGGUGGGCAUAUUGCAAGCCAGUCCAUGCGGUCUGGUAGGCAUCGUGCAGUGCGCCAAAGGCCCCAUCAGCAGGGUCUCGUGUCCAGUAUUCGUGGGCUGCAGUGGAGGAGUUUAGUGGGGACGCAAACAUUUCCCGAACGUGUACUGCUUGUGUGACCCGCAGGCAUUGGACGAUGGCUGCUACUGUGCCUGCCGGCAGCGACACCUGGUGCGUUGGCAUGGCCUUGCGGUCCUGCUGCGCCGGGUCAUAGCGGUAGCGCAUGAUGAGGGCAGCGACCGCUUCCUCAAAGGCGUUGGGCCGCUGGUUGCCGGUGUGCCUGAAGCGCUCCCACAGGGUAAGGAGGCGGGGGUAGGUGGUGGUGCCCAGCCAGCGGCCAUUGGGGUCAUGGACGUGCGCCUCAGCUGGGUCACGGCGGGUGCCACCAGUGGUGGUAAUAGUGUAUGCUCCGGGGGCCACGAUGUCCUUGUAGGGGUUGCACGGGCUUGUGGUGAUGGUGGUGGUCGUGCGGAUGUCACGCGCGCGGGAUGCGGUAUCCAGGGGUUCGGCGUCGUGGCGGCCUUGGCGCUGUCUGGCGGUAAGGUUCCGAUCAGGAGUUUGGUCGUCCUGGACGAGAAUAGGGGGGCCCCAGUGGGCUGCGGUGCUGCCGGCGCUGCAGCUUGGGCCGGCUCUUCAGGUGAGAUUGCGUGGGCUUGGGUUUCAGCCGGAGGCCCAGCCGUGGUCUGCGCAGGUUGUGGGCCUGGGAGCGUCGCAAGAGGGUGCUUGUAGCACCUGGCAUUCUGGAUAGUUGCGUAGCCCAUGCGAACAAAAGCAGAGACAAUGCCGGCCGGGCAGAUGGACGGCUUCCACUGCACCUUCCAGUAUUUUUCACGUGUCCCAGAGGUGUCCUCUCUGGCUUUGCGCUUCCGUGUCAGUUCUUUGUCCGUGACAGUUUGUUUGUUUUCGCUGUGCAGGACCUGUGCCAGUUCCUGUCCGUCAUUGUCCAGGUCGUAGGUGAGUUGAGUGUCACCGUUAGUGCGGUUGUCAGCGGGCCGUGGGACUAGAUCAUGUGUGAUCCUGGCGCGGGCCAGUCGCCAGCUGGGACGGGCCCCGUGGCCUCCCGCAGCGUGCGCUGCCGGGGCAGUCAGGGGCGGCGUCGGGCUAUCAGCGUCCAUGGGGUCGUUAUGAGCGGCAGCCUGGUUGACUUCCAUAGGCAAUGCUGUGUUGUUCAGAUACUCGCUUAUGGCGUUGGGUUCGGGGUUGGCGGCAUUCGCCGUGAGACGGGAUGUGAGGGCGGGUGGUAGCCCACGGCGCUGUUGGCGUGGUUCGACAGCAAUGGUAAGGGAGGGUGGGUCUUGUGGGUGUGGGUGGCCGAUCCGCAUGUGUCCUGUCAUGUCUUUGGCUCUCAUCGCCGUUGGUGAGCCGCAGGGCAUGGUUGAUGGCGGCGCGGUCCCCGGUGAGUAGGUCCUCAGGGGUAGUGCGCGUGGUUUCUGCAAUGCGUGCGCGUUGCGCUGCAUGUUUUGUAACGCGCCGUGCGCGUGUUUGGUUCUGUGGUGGCCGGCGGGUUGUAGCCGGCUUGCGGGCUCUGGCCGGGGGUCGUAGGGAGGGCUGCGUUGCCCCAUCAGCAGGGGCUUCCGGUGCGGCCGCAGGGCCAUGUGCGUCGGGUUGGGCCUGGCCCCCCCCUGCUGGGGAGGGGGGGGGCAGGUCGGCGGGGGCUUGCGUGGUGUUUGUUUGGGCGGGGGGCGCCUCCGGGAGGGGCUGGAGGUGCCGGUCGAGGGGGCUGGCCAUUCCAGGGGGGAGGGGGUCGGGCCUCAUAGCUAAGGCUAUGAUUGUGGCCACGUCGGGCAGAGUGCGUUGUGCGGUGGUCAGGGGGGCAGGGCUGCCGUGGGCUGGAGGGUUUUCCCCUGCACGUCCAGCCAUACUGAGCGCGAGGCUAAGCCUGUUGAGGGCUACCUUGUGCUUGUGUCGGACCCGGCUCGCCCCCAUGUGCUUCUCGAGGUCCGAGCUAGUGAUCAGGUGUUUGCCUGUGUUGCGGUCCACCAGGUGGCUCAGUUCGAGCCUCAGGUCCGCAAGAGGGAGGACGUAUUCAACGGGAAGAGGUUCAACGCCCCGGGCCUCGGCUUCUGCCUCAAGGGCAGCGGCAAUGGACCAGGCGUUGUGCCGGCGUUGCCAGGGAUGUGGCGAUGGCUGUGCCCUUGUCUUUCACAAUCUCGGUGACUCUUGCGACAUGUGCCGACCAGUCCAGCGAGAAAGUCGUCGAGCGAGUUGGUGAGCGCCGCCAGGUCGUCUGCGUACGCGGCGGCACUGCAGUGGUAUUGCAGGUUUUCGCUGGGGGUCAGGCAGCCGUAGUGGUAGCCCCGUCCGCCCGCAUGGAGCCAGCGGACAAGAGGUUCCAUGAACAGAAUAAAGAGCACAGGUGAGAGUGUAUCACCUUGCACGGUGCCUCGCUCUAUAGGAAUGGCGGAUGUGCUUCCAUGGUCGGUGCGGAUGCGGGUGGUCGCAUGUGCAUAUAGGUUGCGGACUGCGCGGAUCAGGUC